AUGGUCGAUAUGAAAGCGUUAUCUCAACAAAUAGAAGUGUAUGUGGAAGUUGAAGACGCAGCGCUGGUCGCCCUGGUCAAUUUUUGUUAUUUGGGGGUGAUUGAAGUCAAUCACACGAACGUCUUGAAUAUUCUAUCAGGUGCUUGUUUGCUGCAGCUGAGCGAUGUUCAGGACCUCUGCAGCGAAUUCCUGGAGAAAGAAAUGUGUACAUCAAACUGUUUGAAAAUCCGGUCGUUCGCCGAAAAAUACCCUUUCAAAAGCUUCAUUCGUUUUGCUGCAAGUAUACUAGGUAACUGCCUUUUUCGGCUUUGGUUCGCCUAUUGCCUGCCUCUCAAAGCUUUUUUUUCAGGGGCAGGUAUACAUCAAUCUAAAUUUCACGACGAGCUCAAUGUUCGUUCAGAGGAACAGGUAUUUGCCGCAGUCAUUGAAUGGGUAAAAUUCGAUUUGACAACACGAAAGCAGUUUCUCUUCAAAUUGCUGGAACAUGUACGACUUCCUAUUUGUCACCCAAAAUUUUUGGUCGAUACGAUUUCUAAGAGCGAACUGGUGAAAUCGGAUGCAGGCUGCCGAGAUCUUGUGGACGAAGCCAAGGUGGGUAAUAUUCUUGGAAACGCAAUUGCCCGCUUUGAUUACGUUUGUCUCCUAUUUCGGGACUAUCAAUUGCUGGAUUUCUGCAUGAUUGAACGUCUGAGUUUGCCUGAAUAUCGCGUUCGACCACGGAAAGUGUUCUGCGGUGAAAUAUUGUACGCCGGAGGAGGUUGGACUGACGGUCGUCCGAACACAUCGGUAGAGCGCUUCGAUCCAGCAGAGGCUAAUGCGGCAUGGCAGCAGGUUCCACCCUUGAGCAAGAAAAGGGACGGUCUUGUAGUACUGGACCAUAUGCUCUAUGCCAUUGGUGGAUGUGAUAAUGGAACUUACUGGGACACUAAUGAAAGG